UGGGUUCCAUCCACUAGCUACACACUUUUGCAGAUAACCCGUGUUAAAAUGCAGCGCCUCAGCCUCCUCAUCCUGGCCGCCUGCCUCUCCGUGGCGCUGGCAACGAGCGUCAUUACCACGGAGAGGCCCUGUGAGGACUUCUGCGAGAUCGAGGGCCAGAAUAACCAGUACGAAUGCUGUGACCGAAACCCGGGAUGGUGCCCCCCCGUUAGGCCGUCCUGCGUUCGGUUCGACACAGUCAUUCCCUACUGCCGCUACGACACCCACUGCGAGAAGCACGAGAAGUGCUGCGAGGACGCCUGCCUGGACCGGAAGGUGUGCAAGCCCGCCAACCGAGGGCCGCACGCUGGCUAAGCUCGCCGCUGCUGCUGCGGGAGGAGGACGCCCGCUGGGGCCCUGUCCGGCGCCCUUGGGGUCGCGACUUCUCUGACUGAUGCUCCCCAGUCUUAUGUGAUUGUGUGGCUCCAUGUUAUUUAUUGCCUGGUGUUGAUUUAUAUAGUUGAUACUCUCAUCGCUGAUUUGAUUAAUAAAUGUUAUAUACUC